AUGGAGAUGGAGGAGCUCAAGCAGAAGAGAUGGACUAACGGCAAGGAGGCUGUUCGAGCAAUCAAAGAUGUCGCAGUAGCACCAGAGAAGCGUGCAAUCGUCAGCAACAGAGAGGGGACGUUUCGUUUAUUACAGAGACUGGAAUGGACGGGAGGCAACCUCGAUUACCAAAACUGUGUUAGUGUGGCUAAGCCAUCACAAAUCCAGUUAGUCAACAACCCUGUGGUCCAUGGUGCACUUGCAGCUAACCCAGCUACAUCAAUUAACGCUCUCGUCGCACAGCUUCGACACCAAAAGAAGGUAACAGCGUCACAGCACGUGAUGUAUCGCGCCAAGGACUGUGUGAUGGCAGAGCUUCACGAUGGAGAGCCGCUGAAAAUUCGCCUCUUGCCCAGUCUGUUGGCGGAAUUUCAGCGUCUGAAUGCUGGAGUGUUGACGGAGGUUCAGUGUGACGAACGCGGGCGAUUCAGACGUGCGGUUCUUUUGCACAGUCACUCAUGGUUGCCUCCCUCAGAUUACCUCCCGUCACAUGCCAGUCUCCUGGGCGAUUCUUGA